AUGAUGGGCUUCAUAAUAAACUUACUGACUCUAGUUGUCUCUACAAUGACACUUGGAGUAUCUUUGAUGAAUAACCAGAAUAAGCCUAUUGAUAUUCCCCAUAUAAAGGGCAUGGGAGGUAGCGAUGUGGCCGUGCCAUCAGAGAGUGGAUCCGACUCCAAUAAUAUGGGGGAUGGCGUAGAUCAAUCUGGAAGUAGCCUGGUGUCUAGAAGCGGGCUAAAUCCUUUUAAAAUAUCUGCCAACCACUUCUUAAAGGGGAGGCACUCAGACUUACUGCCUAUGAAAGGACCUAUGUCUGGAUUGAAGAACAGGAAUUAA